CAAUAAGUUAUACAUUAUCUGUGAAGACGAACAUCGAGCACUGAACAGGGAAGGAUUAGAAAAUUACAAAAUUACAAAUGGCUUCCGUUUCCAACUUUCGGCUGCCGUAAUUCACUGUUGGCAUGGUUUUUUGAAAUAAGAACGCUUAAUUAGUUGAGGCGAACGCGUUCGAUCGAAUUUUUAUACGAUUUUACUGGCCGACGACCAUGGGUAUUCAAGAUCUACAAAUAUUUUUAGAAAACGAGGGUGUAGGAGUUGACUUGUUUCGAGUCGCUAGAACUCAUCCUGGUGGUUUUCGAUUAGUAUUAGACGCUGAAGGAUGUUUAGAUCGUUUAUAUGGAGGAUAUUUUUCAGAUUGGGCAUGUGGUGGUCAAUGGGCCCGCUGUGUUCAAUUUCUCACAACUUUGGCACAAGCAUUAGCGGAGCAUCAAGUGGCUUUAUGUGUUUGCUUCAAUGGAGCCCACCCCACACCUCCAGCUUUACCACAACACUGGAUCCAAACGCAAUCAACAUAUAGACAGAGAGUUAACUCUGUGCUACGACACAUUGUAACAAAAGGCACCCCACCACCAAAAGUUUGGUGGGUUCCUCCAACAGGAUUACAUUCUUGCCUUCGAACAGCCUUGCGAUACCUCAACAUCCCAAUUAUGGUAUCAUCUGAUGAUCAUUGUCAAGAAGUAGUUGGGUUGUGUCGUGAGAAAACUUAUGCUGGUCUCGUGGGUUGUUCUGGAGAAUAUUUAGUUUUUCAGCCACCAAGAUAUUUUAGCUCAUCUCAACUUAAGCUUACAUAUAGAUCCUCCUUGGAAACCAAAGAGUACAUGGUCCAUGAUUUACCAAAGUUACUUGAUGUACCCCAGGAUAGACUUUGUCUUAUGGCUGCACUUCUUGGUGGAGUUAUUUUAUCAGAACAAAGUCUUACCGACUUUUAUAAGCGCUUAGGAAUUGCUCAAAAGAAGCAACAAGUUCCUCCAGAAACUCUCAUCAAAUCAGUUGGCCAAUUUGUAAAGGAUUUACCAUCAUCCGAUAUAGAUGCUGCUUGCAUUGAAAUAUUUGGUGACUUGAAUGAUCUUCGUGCUGCCAAAUUAAAACAGGCUGUACAAUAUUAUUUAAAUGGUACUAAAGAUGGAUUCCUGAAGUAUAGAACUGCUUCUGGUCGUCGCCCGAAAAAUAACAAAAAAAAUCAAAAGCCAGAUAUGAGUCCGCAGUCAACAUCCCUAGAUCUGGACACUUCGAAAUUGGCCAGCGAGUCUUCCGAGCAUGAGCAAAAAGGCUUGGAAGAUUACAAAUUGGCUACGGCAAAUGCAUUGAUGAAUGCCGACUAUGGCAUCGAGGAACACUGUCACGAAUUGAGCCACAGCGUCGCGGGCCUUUCAUUGGACGGCGGGGACGCGGCAUCCGUCAAACAGCUACCCGUUAAACCUACUGACAAAAACGAGAAACCUACAUCCAAAGAGACUAAACAAUUACAGCCAACAACGAGUGCUGCCAAGCACAUUCAAAGCGAUGACAAUUGUCCACCUGCCCCCGCUGAGGUGCUGCGGACGUGCGCCGAGCGACACACGCGUGGUCUCAUGCACCCGCAGAUGCUGUCUAUUUUGACACACCGUCAAAUAACUCUACCUGUUCUCAUGGAAGAUGAUAAUCAUCGUGAAAUACCUUCUAUACACCAUUUUUUCAGACCAAUAAGACAAAAUGUUUAUGCUAUCUUGUAUAAUAUGCAUCACCACAGGUUCAUGGCCCAAAAAGCUAAAGAUGAAGGUGCUGCCAUUGCGUCUACCAGCAGCGAACGUCCAUCCACUGUUCAAGUAGCAGAAUGGAUAUUUUCUCGUGUUAAUCCUGGAAAAAAUCCAGAGAUUGUACCUGGAAUUGUCCUUGAUUGGCCAGUACCGACAGUACAGAGGCUUUGGUUUGGCACAGCACAAGAUGAUAAAUGUCGUCGUAUGCGCGCAUUUCUUUCUUGCAUGCGCUCGGACACUCCACUUAUGUUAAAUACUUCAUAUGUGCCACAGCAUCUGCUUAUUUUAGCCACUGUUUUGAGGUUUAUCAUGACAUCGCAAAUACAAAUUUUAAGAAGACAGGAGUUGGACGCAUUUUUGGCUACAGCUUUUUCAAAUGAUCUCAUGAAUGCUCUUCACUUACAAGAAAUGACUGUUCAGGGCAUGAGCUCUCGUGGCGUGCAGCUGGGCGCCCUGGUGAUGGCGGGCGCAGAAGCAGCUCUGCUCGCCAACGACGCGUGUGGUGCUCCCGUGCCGUGGCUCGUCGCCGCGCCCUGGCUCUACUUUGACGGCAAGCUGCUACAGCGCAACCUGCACCGCGCAGCACACUGCAAACAUCUGGCGCAACUCUGUGACAAUCAUCUCGACACUGUCGUCAAGGUGGAACGUAUGCGCAAGGCUAUUCUUGAGGGUCUAGAAGUGGAGUUUGCGAUGCCACCCCUGCCACUAGUGGGCGUGGUGGGCGAGCCGUUGGCGUGGCGCGGUCGCGGCCGCGGCGCACGUCUAGAGAUCGCCGGCGUUGUCGUGGGGCAAUGGGGCGGCGGCUCCUACCCCACGCACCCGCGCGCGCCUCGUUACCCCCAGGUCAGCUACGUGGGAUACACGCCAACGCCUCGCAACGCGUACGGGGGUCGCAGCUGGCGCGGCGGGAGAGGACGUGGUCGCGGCCGUGGCGCCGCCCCUCUCCCCCGCGGCGCCACACGUAUUCGUCGUCCGAGACACCAUGAGCCGGCCAAGCCCGCAACGCUCAGCAUUAACGGUAAAACUGUUAGGCCUGAUGAUAUGAGUCCUCCUGCUGAUGACGGUAGUCCUCAUGAAGAUAGUUCCCAACCAGAAAAUGAUGGUGAAGGAACUCAACCUCAGAAAACAAAGACUGGAAAAAAUAUUAAGAAGAAUUUAGGAAAAGGUAAAAAAAAGAGCUCUAACCACAAGACUGAUGUAGCUCAGACAUUGGAAGCCAAUGGACCACUAGAUAAGAACAAGGUGGCGGAAAUUAGUCAUAGUUCUGAUCAAGAGCACUUUGGACAAGGUGAUGCACCAGUUAAUAACUAAUUGUUUCUUUAAUUCCAAAGGUAAAUUUAUGUAUUUAAUACAUUUACAUUCUUAGUACAUAUUUAGAUAUUACAUUUGUUUAAGUUUAUCUGGUUCAAUUUUAAAACAAAAAUGUCGUUACUAUCUUUUAUAUCUGUUUUUUUUUUUUUUUUGUUUGAGAUAAACCAGUACCUAAAUAUCUUCAAUUGCUAGUGAUGAAUAUCAGUGUAGUAAUUGAGCUGUAUUCUUUACUAGUUUUUAAUAACAAUUUCAUAAUGGUUAACGACGUAGUGGGAAACAAUAACUUAUUUCAAUAGCACGUAUUUCUUCAGAGGUUACAAUCAUCUGUAAUAGUGAGAAAAAUACUAAUAUCUUACAGAAUGUUCACGGAGGAGAAUAUAUUUAUUCAAUCGUGUAUACGUGCCUCAACAUCUAUGAGACUUCCCAAUUUAGAGACUGAUUUUGUAUUAAUUCGAUUGGCACAAAAUGUUGCCACUUAUAAGGUUCAAGACAAGGUUUAAAACCUAUUUGAGACGAUAUUAGACGUCUCAACCCUAUUAAGACAAUCGGCUUUGUUUAUUUUGCUUUGUGUUUAAAGGAGUAUAUAUAAUAAUAUUUAUUGAAACAAGUUCUCCUAAAAGAAAGCAAAAGCAAAAUAUUCAGAGUCUACUACUUUAAGUAGUACAGUGUAUAUCUUUUUAAAGAUAAUAACUCUCGUAACAUCUAUUAUCUGACAAGUGAUAAUUAGAAGAUAUAUUAAAAUUAACAUGUUGAUUGUUAAGUCAUGUUUUAUUAAAAAGUGAGAUGACUUAGUAAAGAAUAUGUUUAGUUUAGCAUAUGGAGUACUGAGUCAGCAUUAUUUAUUUACACAUAGUAUAUUUACAAUUUACCAAAUUAUUGUUUUAUUUCUAAGUUUGGUUUGGUCUAUGAAAUCCCUAAUUCAUUUUAAAUACUACUAUUUUUAGGUUCUUAAGUUUCUCUAUGCUGUCAAUCAUUUGUGACAGAUUUUCUUGAUUUCAUAGGCUAAACCAAUCGUGUUCAGACUUGUUUAUAGGAUUUCUUGUUGUAUAUUUAGGCAUUAUUGAUUGUGUGUGAAUGUUUUGUAUUAUCCGACAUGUAUGAACUGCUAUCAUUCCAGCUGAAAACAAAAAUUUAAUCUUUGACUUUAUAUAGAUAAGCUUUAAAUGCGUUCCCUGCAGUUUUUUUAUCAAACAUUAUACUGAUCUAUACCUAGUUUGAUAGCAGUUCAUAACCCAUAUUGGGCCAAUUGUUGAAAUCAUCUAAGAUCAUUUUGAAUGAGUUUUAUUAUUAUUAUACUGUUUUCGUAUGCACAUGGGUAGUCGGAUAUUUUAUACCAUAGUGGUAAAAAAGAUGUUAAGAUUUAGGAUAGAAAUUGCAUUUAUUGAAUGAUGGUGGUGCUUUGAAAUUUAGUCU